AUGAAAGGCAACCAAAUUUUGUUUACGGAUAAUUUAGGAUAUAAUAUUAGAACUAAAAGAGACUUGACUAGUAUUAAUUAUAACACUGUAAUAAAAGGUAACAGAAGAGUUAGAAAAAAGUUGAUUAAGAGAAAGCCAAUUAGUGAAAACACCAUCAGCUCCAAUAACAAUAACGACUUCAAUUUGGAGAAUACCACAAAGCAUAAAAGAAGACGAAAAUUAAAGAUAAAAAAGAAGAAAGUUAAGCACAUUAUAUUGCCAACAACAACGCUGGAUGUUGAAUUAUCUAAAAAUCCAAUUAGACAGUCAAGAAGGAAGUUUGUUAUCACUAGAAAGCGUUUAUUGAAAGCUUCUCCGAGUACGUAUAAUCUAAACGCGGCUUCUAUCACAAAACUAGAAGAUAAAUAUGAACAAGAGAAGUUACCAACAACUAUUAGCCUUGAACCAAGUGCAAAUGUUUCCGAAUUGAACACAGAAGCAAACAGUAAUGAAUUUGCUUCUUCUGAACCAGAAGACACUUCUGUGUAUGAUGAUGAAGGAGAAGAAACAACUGGAAGUACAGAAGAAGAAGAAAAUUCUUCGCUUGAUGAAGAAUCAGAUAUAGACUAUGAUACUUCCACCACUGCAGAUGUAGAUGAAUCCAGUAUAGAGAACGAUGUUGAAGAUGAUUACGAGGAAGAUUCUACUGAAGAAUAUGACGAUAGCGAAGUUGAUGAAAAUGAAGGGAAAGAAGCAGAAGAUGAAGAACAAGAAAAUAGUGGAGGUGAAGAAGCAGAAGAUGAAGAACAAAGUAAGAGUGAAGAGGAAGAAGUAGAAGAUGAAGAACAUGGAAAGAGUGAAGGAGAAGAAGCAGAAGAUGAAGAACGUGGAAAAAGUGAAGUAGAAGAAGCAGAAGAUGACGAAGAACAAGUAAAGAGUGAAGAAAAUCAUACUGAAAAUCAAAUUCAGCAUGUACCUGACUACGAACCAUUCUUUCCAGAGUUGUCGGAAACUUUCGAGGCGCCAAUAUUCCUCCUCAAAACAACUAUUCUAUCAUCGAUCGAAUUACAAACAAAGACUAUAGUUCAGAGUAGACUGAGAACUUACAAAUCCUUGAUUACAAAAGUUAGUGGUAGUGAACAGACUGUAAUAAGUACAACCGAAGUUAAGCCUCACAUAAAAACAACUACUGUAGUUGAAUCCCUGACUAGACUUACAACUUUGACACUGUUGGACAUCGACAGCACAUCACCUACAAUAUCUCCUAACACCGAAUCCUAUCAACAACUCAACCACACAGAAGCCACCAGAAUAAAUGGAGAAAGAAAACAUAUGGAAGAAGGUAGGAACUACCUAGCUACUAGAGUAAUGUCUAAUGGUGUUGAAGUAAUAGUAGCAGGAGACAAAAGCACAAUACCAGGAGAACCUGACGUUAAAAGAGUUCUUCCUAGUACUAUUUUCAAAGCUGUUACUCUGAGACCAAGCACCUUAAGUGAAUACAUGAUGAUGCUGAUGCCAUCUGAUGCUUCAAAGUUAAAAAGCAUCACAUCUUCCUUAGUUCCCAACAACAAAUUUGUAACUAAGACUUGUCUUACAACGUUCACUUACCUCACAACAUACUUAGAAAGUGGCACCACAACAAUAUCUAGUCAUGAACAAGUUGUGUCAAAUAUAGCAACAGAAGAGAGAAACACUGCAAAGAUCCAUCCAACACCUUCAAUGGGCAUUACUCUAACACAGUACCCAAGUAUGUCAGUUGGAGUGUUCCACACAACAUACACAUACUUGAAUACUCUGGUGGAUGGAGACCAGCCCCUAAUAAUCACUUCAAAACACACAGUGACCAAUACUGUCACUGCUCCAGACGACUAUCUAUCUCUCAUUCAACCAUCUGAAGAAGUGGUACCUCAGAGAGACACCAACACCUACUACAGCACAAUCAUGCUUACGAAAACAAUAAAAGAUGGCAAAAAAACGAAGCUAGUCAGCAAAGAAGAAAAACUUACUCAAAUUGUCAUAACAGAAUCAAAGCCACCAAAGGCAGCAUCCAUCAUGACGUCUUAUGUGGCUUUGGAUGUUGAAGAUCCAAAGAAUGGUCUCAACGCUUCUACCACAGAUAUCGUGAAGACAUACUAUGUGACGUACACUUACUACAACACCCUUGUUGAAGAUGGAAAAACUGUUGUUUACACUAAUAUCUCGACUUCAAAAGAUGUAUCUACGCAGAAGAUUUACUUACAAGAAAACAAUGAAGUGACUCCUGAUAAUGUAGUUAUUAUUGCUACGAAGACUUACCAUACAACCUUCACCUAUUUCACUACGUUGUUACAGGAGAAUAAUCCAGCAACUCCAACAGUGGUUAGUUCUCAUUCCACAGUAGUGGAGAACGUAGCUACUGAAACCAUACAUCCCAAACAACUCAACGAAAACUACUGGAAGAUGCUGAAGAAUGAACUGAAAAAUGUACAAGACGAAAUUAAAGAAACAGUUCUUCUAAACGACGGACAACGCUUAGAGGUUACAGCGUAUAAGAAACCAAUAGAGCCUACUAAAGUUCUUCCAAUUCAAAUGACAAAACAACCUCAGCUACCUACAUCUGAAAAACCAGAAGCUGAAUCAUCCAAUCCAAAUGUUAUUACAGGUUCCACCAUUGUUUUCUUUGACGAUGACCCAUUCUUACAAGCAGCAGCAACUCCGAAUCUUAAUGUACAAACUGCAUCUAAGAACAAAGCAACCACAAGCUCAGAGGUCAUCAAGAAAACCCAGAUCCUCUCUAGCAGUAGUAAGAUAAAGAAAUCGAAGACACAAAAUGUAAAGCCCUCUAAAUCAGUGAGUCCUUCUAGACCCGUCAAAAAAGCGGAGAACUCAAAGAAGAAACAGUCCACCAAGUUGCCCAAACCGGAAGUGGUUGAAGCUGUUUCUAACAAUGGAGAUUUACUAGGUUUAGGAUCGAUCAAUAUUGAAAGCUUAAAAGCUUUGACGCCAGUUAUAAACGCUAUGGCGGGUCUAAUCGAAACAAAUUUAAAACCCAAAAAGAAGAAUAACACGCAAGGUGGCGUCACUAAUCCCAAAACCAACAAGAAGAAUAUACCUUCCUACCAAGAUGACAACCAGAAUCGAUCACCAAUAUACAUUCCGGUAGGAGACUUGGAAGUUUCAGAAAGCCAAAACAUAGCAAGCUACCAUCAUCAAAAUGUUGUCGAAGGGGGUAAAGUAAAUUUCAAAAAACCAACACAUGAGACUCCUUUAAUAAGUGGUGGGAUACCAAUAUCACCUGGAGAAGUUAUAACUGCUAAUUCCGACGUUAUUGUUGGCAAACCUGGUAGAAUACUUCCGAGAGUACCUCCGAUACCAGUUAAUGAAAAACACGUAACAGAAAUAGCAGACUUGCAUCCGCCUCCUACCACAAACUUCCGAGCCAACCGUGUGCCAAUUCCUGUACCUCAUGAUGAAGUAUCUUCUUCCAAUGUGCGCCCCAAAGAUGAUUACAUCGGGCCACCACCUCCGAUUUCAGGUAAACCCUAUGGAAGAGGAGAAAAACACAAGCAUAUCCCUUUGCAUCACAAUGAAGAUCGCCAUCAUAACCGACCACAUAACCACGUGAGCAUCCCCAUGUAUCAAAACCACCACCACCAGUUCAACUACGGUUUGAAGAACAACGAUAAUGCUGAACAACCAAGUCUUCAAAUCGAAAUACAGAAGAAAUACGAGGAUGUGUCCCAAGAUAACGUUCCGUUUUACACUCAACCCUCACCAGUACUCAACCACAACAAGAACUUUCAAGCUUCGGUGAUCAAAGAGCCUAUGGUACUUCCGGAGGUGAUAGAAAGAUCAACAGGUCAACCUCUACUAGUGAACAUUCAGCCAAGCCAAGUAGCUUUUGUGAAUAUACCCCACAACCGUACUACAGCUUUAAUUUAUGGAGGAUCCACUGAACCACACAGAUAUGGACAGUAUUUCGACGACCCUUCACCUCACUCUGGCUCAGAUAAUGCUGUUAAUGAGAAUAUGAACGUUAUACAAUAUACUUCAGGGUAUCCUUUGGAUUCCAACCAAAAACAAGUAAAAGGUGUUAUAACUGUUGGAACGCAGACUAUCAAAGUCGAACCUGAGAACCCGAAUAGUAGAAUCGAGAAUAUACAUACAUCUAAACCUAAAGACUCGUACUUCAAUGCUAACAAUCAGGAUAUUAACGUACAGGUGCCACCAAUCUCGUUUGGGAUGUUCCAAAAUGAUAACGAAUUCAACGCUCAUGUUAUCAAUCAUGGGAACGAUUUGAAAUUGCAAAUCCCGCCUGUAGCUUAUGAAGUGACUAAAGCUCAUAACAAAAACGACAAUUACAAUUUGGCUAAUAAUUCUUACAAGUAUACAAUGCUCCAACCAGUUUAUCAACAAACUAACCAGAAGAAAGACCAAGAUAACCCGAAAGAUAUCAGAAACAAACACCCUAAUAUUAAUGGAAAUACAUUCAACCAAAAUCAACCAGCUUUAUAUUACAUGAACCAUUCUAUCACUUCAAAUAACAGGAGACCGAACAGAACUAAGACGAAAGUGCAGAUAAAAAAUCAUGGCAGUAAUCCACAUACAAACUACCAAGGUGUCACUUUAGCAGACUACAUGAUACCUCCAACAUUCAAACCCAAGCAAUCUAAACCUAUACCAUUCCGCAAGCACACCAGUAGACCACCAAUUCACAGACCACAAUCGCAAGGACAAACAUUCCAACAGAAAUACAUACCACACGGCGAAUCUAUACGUAGAAACAACUCUGUUUUCAACGGGUAUGGAUCUCCCAACCCUAACGAUCUGUUAGCACCAGACUACGAUCUUAUCAGUGUGGAUGGAGAGGUGAUCCAAGAAUCGAACAGUCAUCCUCUCAGGGUGAAGACUACUCAAACACCUCUAAGAAACAACUAUUCUACUCAUCAGAACAACGGGUUCAAACAACCUCAAGAAAAUGAAGUGCAUGACUUCCAAGCACCAGUUAUAGAAGAUCCAAGACCUUUCAUCAAGAAUCCUGUAAACCAAUUCAGCUACUUCGGUAAUGACUUCAAGGUGAGCAGCUUCAAUAGGAGUGAUAUCAAGAAUUUACUGAAGGAUGAGAUAGUAAGGUACGAACCAAAAGUAGAAGCCAAUAAUUAUAAACCAAUAACUAUCGAUCAAACAUCGUAUCAGAAUCAACAACAAAGCACACGUAAGCCUCCAACUGUAGCAAAUAAAAGGAAAGUGAGUACCACCAAGGCUCCUGUCAGGAAUAACAGACCUGUGGUGACGUCUCUUCCAAUUGAUCAUGAAAGGGAGCGUACUGAAACACCUUUUUCGGUUGUGAACACCAUGAAAUCAACUCAAACUGAAAAACCUUUCAAUGGGACACCUGUGCAGAUCAGAUUCGACGACAAAAAUAGCAUUAAGACAACAAUAAUCCAUGGAGAAGAAAAAUUUGCCAUCAAUAACUACUUGGACGCCAAUAAAAGAGACCAAGUCAGGCCCAACGUUGAUCAGCCCAGUUUAGAAGUUUUAAAACCACCCCCACUAGCACCAACACAAAAUACCUUAAUCAAAGUAACAACAACAUCCAAACCAAAAGAAGUAUCAAAGGCUCCUGAUACAAAUAUACUUAGGAUACCGGUGUACACAGCUGCAGUACCUCCACCUCAACCAAUGGAAGAGAUGAAACCACCUCCAGUAACAACGGUUGAGCGUGAGAUUAUUGGUAUGAGUCCACCUCCUAUAACUACAUACAAGCCUUUGUUGAAACUGAAGAUUCCAACGGUGAGACCUGUAAUUCCCUCACAAGUGAACAAUCUCAAAGAGCCUAUCAGACAAGUGCAGCGCGUAACAACAACAACAGCCAGACCAACAAUAAAGAUUAGAACCAGAAGGCCUUAUCUUCCUAGAAGAACUUUCAAACCAACACUUGGAACGACCUACAGACCGGUAACUGAAGGAAUCCAACAUCCAGUUUAUGAUUCAUCCACUGAGACUAGAUCGACCUUUGUUUCUUCGAGUAGUACCACUCAGGCUCCUCCAAGAAUAACAACACCAUCAUCUACUACAUCUGAAACGCGUAGACCAAUACUGGAUGAUUCGGUGGAUUCCAGAGAAGGGUAUAUUAUGACUGGUCCAUAUCUUCGUAAUAUAUCGCAUCAUGAAACCUCUACUUUUGGUCAUGGUAACAACCAUGAAGUUGUUGGUUUUGAAUCAGAUAAAAAAGAAACCGUAGUACCAGUUGAAGAUAGUAGGGAAAGGAUAAGAAUUCCAGUUAAAACGAAUGAAGAUAGAAUAAGAAACGAUGGAGAACGAAUAAGGAUUCCGGUUAAAAUUCAUGAUGAUAAAAUAAGAGUGGCUGAAACUUCUGAAAUCAAACAGAUCGUACCAUCAAGGAUCGAGAAAACAAGUUUGAGGAUACUCCCAACAAAAUUCAUAACGCACACUCAGACUCUAACUGUGACCAUCACCAAAACCACGGUACUGAAGACUCCAGGACUACCGCCAGUUACCUCAACGCUUUUGGUAACCAAAACUGAGAAGUCCACGAUAGUGGAUACUGUAACUGAGUUCCACACAUUAGUCCAACCAACAAGUGUUGUUGAGACCAUUACCACUACUGUCCAGCAUGGAAGCCUUUAUCCUCCAGAUGUAUAUGGAAAACCUUACCCUUCUAUCCAAAUACAACCAACAGAGACCAUCAUCGGACAGAUAGUGACACCAACAGCCAACGAAAUUUCGAAUGAAAGCUUGGAGGAUUUCAUUAUCACAGACACAGAUCCACCAAAUACAUCCAACGAGUCCCAAACGUCCAUAGAAGACAACGACACGAUAUUGGUGGUGCUGACCGACAAGAAAAACGGUCCUCUUGUUAAAGUACCUCCAACUGAAGAGGUCCAGACUAGAGACGAGAUGCUAAGCACUAACAAACUGAACGACGUGUUGAUCGCUGGUGUGCUGUCUGCUAAUCCACCUAGUAUCGAUACUGAUGUGACUGACAGGUGUGAACCUGAAUGCAAAGCAUCUAGGAAUGAGUUGUGUCAAAAGACCAAUGGGCUGAUGAGGUGCGUUUGCAGGCCUGGUUUCGCCAGAAUGUUCCCUGAUAGACCUUGCAAUCCAACUUACACGUAUUCUAUGGAGAUCGAACUCGACCACCAGGGAAAAAAGAAGUUGAUCUAUAACGAAUAUCUGGACAAAGCCAAUAGUUCAGAGUAUAUAAAGUUGGCAGCUGCUACCCAUGAAGCCCUGGACAGAAUGGUGAUGCAAUCGGAUCUAAGGGACAUUUACCAUGGUGUCCACUUAAAAUCCUUCAAACCAGGAAAGACUGGGGUCGUCAACAACUUCUCCCUUCAGCUCUCAGAUAACACCGAUGAGAAGCGACUAGAAGAAGUCUUCAAGAAAUACCUCCGUAGUAACAAUUUCAGCCUUGGAGGCACAGACCUUUAUGCUUCGAAGACGAGUCAACAGAGCCUCAAGGCCUCUGACUUCGAUGAGUGUCAGAGCCCCAAGUUCCACGAUUGUUCCGAAAACUCGCAGUGCUUCAACCUCAAGGGAACCUACACCUGCAGUUGUAAAGAAGGCUACUCCGACCUUUCUGAGAAUGUCAUUUACCCCGGUAGAGUAUGUUCUGCAGAACUGGUAGGCUGUGAGAGGUGUAACUACCACGGUACCUGUUAUUCUCGUGGUGAAGAUCAGAUUAUAUGUGAAUGCUUCCAGUGGUACAGUGGUGAAACGUGUUACAUCAAUCUUAAAGUGCUCCUUAUCGGACUGGUUUGUCUUGGUUUCAUUCUGUUUGUUCUUCUGUUGAUCUGUUGCAUCGUAACUUGUUGCAAAAAGAAGCCCUCUCCAAAAAUGAACACUGGUUUGAGUUUCUUCCCGCAAAGAGUGCCUCAUCCGUCUGACAGAAGCACCUUAGAUCGAAGGGCUAUGAUAAGGGACAGCAGCUCAGAGGAUAGCAGAUCUGAAACGAAUAGUUUACCUUAUAUCACUAAGCAAAAGUCGAAAAGACCAAAGAACGCUAUGAAAAAACCACCAGCACCGAGAAGAAUGGACAUGAACAACAAGCACUCUCAUAUCUCCAACGAACAGAAAGACAGAUCGUUAACAGUAAUGAUCCCAAGAGCUAAAUACCACGCUGCACCACCAGCUCCUAACAUGAGCAGUUAUACCAUGUUCGAUGCCUCCAAGUCCAGCGUCAGCAAACCACAGAACAACGAAUCCAAACUCCUGAGUUAUCUGGAUGCCGGACCAUCUCCACAUAAGAUGGCUACUCGACAGGCUGAGCCGCCCAAAAGAAAAUACAGCAGCCAGGUGAGCGAAUCUUUCAUAGACGACGAGCCAAUAUCGCGCAAGACCUCUGGAGCUUUAGUAUCUGCUGGCUUUGAGGUAUCUGCAACUGUCAUGAACAACAUGGGCACCCUUGGAACCACAUGUGGCACAGAAGCUGACAGGAGUGAGAACGCAACACUUAUCCAGAAAAUAAGCGCAGAUUUGCUAUCUUGCGCUGAGACCAGGUCACAAACUAACACGCUGAGAAUUAUUGAAGAUGAAGACCUCGAUCCAAUGUCUAACUGGAUGGACAUGGAACCAAGGGUUACGACAAUAUCGGAAAGUCGAUCUUAUGAAGAAACGACGAUUCCACCACCUAUGAAGUCACUGAAGUAUGAUUACGAUACCAAAGCCUCUUUACAUUCAAACUCCCAUUCUCAUCAUCAUGAUGAAGUAGCUGAAAGGGAUCUAGGAUCAACUUUCCUUUUGCCACACACUCAUUUAUAUAAACCAGAAAGGGGAAGCGAUAUCUCUGGAUUUGAAUCCCUCUGACCCCAAAACAGUCACUGGGAUGCGUAAGAAGGAUGUCCUCUCGAAAAUCAAAGAGCUCAGGCAUACCAACUGAAUUUUUGGCCAUAUUUCAAAUGUACAUAUUUUGUAUCUUUAUCAAAUUUUAUAUUAAAUAAUACUUGGUCUAGGUUUAGGGAGUGUAUGUGAUGUAAAUAUUUUUUUAAGUUAAUAUUUAUGAUAAUUUAGCUUUUUUUAUAUUCAAGUUUAAGACUAUAACAAACUGAAAAUAUAUUUGUAUAUCUGUUUUUAUAUAUGCA